UUUUUUUUUUUUUUUUUUAACGUGAUCAGGACAGCGAUUUAGUGAGAAAUAUGUCAGGGUACAUAGUGAAGAGGUGGGGUACAGAGUUCCCUGGUGUCUGUGCCCCUUCCUGGCUGAAAGUGUGGGGCGUGGUUGGGUUGCUAAUGUGACUCUUAUCCUCAGAUUCUGUCUUCCUGCAAAAUAUUAGGAGUCUCAUUCUGUGGCCCUCCCAGAGUGGGUGUAGUCAGCACAGGACAGGACAUGGACAGGGAAGAGGUGGUGUUCAGGGUUCCUGCCCCCCCCCACCUCCCUGUGACUGGUGGGGACAGCCUGAGCGCCCCCACCCUUUCCUUGCACAUCUGCAGUGUGAAGACUGUUCAGCAGCUCAGGCUGGGAGGCAAGGUGUGGCAUCCCAGCAGUCCUAGAGGAGGGGCCAGACUUUGCAGUGUCAGAUGGUCACCCACCCGCUGGUGCUGCUGCCACCUUGGUCCCCCUGGAAAUCUAGGAAGAGGAUGCUCAGUGGGACUUCCCACCAGCCUCAGCCUAGUCCUGUGGUGUGUCUCCUCCGUGUGUCCUUCGCCCUUGCUCUUGCUUCCUCAAACAGGCUAGAGCCCUGGGCUCCCUGUAAAUCUAGGCGUGGAGGACCAAGGUUGAAGAAAAGCAUUUGCAUUUAAGCAUAGCUGAGUGGCCUGGUGUGAGGUUCCAUACCCCUGCCAUUCAUUUCUCUGUCUGCUUCUUGGAAUUUAUUAGAAAACAAAGGAAAGAGUGUAGCUACUGAUGAUGCCAGCUAUGAGUUAGUCCCUCCCCCCAACCCCCAAGCUGAGACUCUAAGGGAACACUGAUCAAACCCAGGUUCUGGGUCACCUGGCUUGAUGCUGUCUCCUUAUCCAGCUUCUCUCCCCCUUAGAACCUGCCUCCCUCCCUCUUAGGACCUGCCUCCCUCCCCCUUAGAACCUGCCUCCCUCCCCCCUUAGGACCUGCCUCCCUCCCCCUUAGAACCUGCUCCCUCCCCCCUUAGGACCUGCCUCCCUCCCCCUUAGAACCUGCUCCCUCCCCCCUUAGGACCUGCCUCCCUCCCCCUUAGAACCUGCUCCCUCCCCCCUUAGGACCUGCCUCCCUCCCCCUUAGAACCUGCCUCCCUCCCUCUUAGAACCUGCACCUAAACCUUCAACUGUGCCCCACCUCUACUCUGCCCAGGUGCUUGCUGUCUUGAUUGUGGGUGUUGGUCAUGGAAGGCUGGUAAAAUCCUGGAUUCCGAGUCAAAUAGAUUUUAGGGUAAUGCUGGCAGAAGACACCUAAUGGGGCAAACACUCUGAAGAAAGUGUAAGAGGAGGUUUUCAUUAAUUGGCAGGUUGUUAUAGACCCUUACUAUACUUAACUUUGGUAAAUUAACUUAGAAAGCACACACACUGCAGAAAGAUUUGGAGCUUGGAAGGUAACUUUGGGAUGGAGUCAAAUGUGACACUCAGGAAAAUUAUAGUGAGGGCCAGGCUUAGUGUCUCAUAGAACGACUUGUAUAACCUUUCUGAAACCCCCCCCCCCCCCCGCCCCGUUUCCUCCUCUGUGAUGGGGAAGGGUUGCUGCUGCGUGGACCAACUGCAACAUUCCGCAGGAAGGUGUUUGGCACUAUGCUCUGAGCUCUGAACCUUGUAGUGACAAUAUUGGCAGAGUGUCUGGAGCAGACCUGACUUCAAAAGCAGGGAGUUGCUGAGUCUCUUUGAACUUAACAAAGGGACUCAGCGCCUUAGCUCCCCAGGUGUUUUAUGGGAGAAGUCACAGGCCCUAGACCCAGCUGUAGGCUUUGCUGGGAACAACAUUGAUUUUACAGACUGCUUGUUGUGUAUGGGUUCUGCUACCUGCUUGGAUAUUGUGAAGAGCCUUUGGUGGGCUGGUCCUGUGCACUUGUUAGCAGCCUAAAGUCACCAGGAGGGGGGGUCUUGGGCUAGUGAGAGAUGACUGACUUUUUAGUGAGGGUCAUGAGCUGUCUUGGGGUUUCCAUUUGGCCAGGCAAAGCAACGUUACCAUAUCCCAUACCCUGUUUAUGAAGGAGUGACCGAGGCUAAAGACUGAGUCUAACAUGGUGUUUGCCUGGCAAGCCUAAGCUAGCUCCAGGGGCAGGGAGACUAGAGUGCUCUGUGGCCCUCCCUGCCAGGCACCCAGGCCAAGAGGCAGGUGGCCUCCUAGUGAUGGUCCCAGGUUAGUUUUGGCUGUGCAACUGUGCCAGGCUUUGAGAUGACUCUCCCAGCCCCAAGUGCCUGGGAUAAUGUGUGCAGGGUUAGUCCAUGGAGAGAGAAAAUGAGAGGCAGCUUGCCUGGAGUACCCUUGGGAUUGUUUCUCAGGGUUGGGUGGUGAGGGUGAGGGCCUGAGACCUGAAUAAAGACCAGAGUCUGACCCUGGGUGGCCUCCAUCUGUCUCCAUAGCCCUCUUUACCUGUUUGCUCAUUUGUACAAUGGGUGGCAGGGUGCUUGUGAGUGUGAGGAUAUGGUGAACGGAGAGCCUAGCGCAGGGCUUGGUACAGAACAUUAAAAUCAAACAGCAGUCUGUCUGCUCUGCUGUUCAUCUCUCGUUGGAUUUGGGGGGCGUUAUUCUGUUAAUGCAAAUGCUGUGUGUGAUCAUGUACCUCAGCUAUGUAAUUUGUAGUGGGAUGAGUGAAAGUUUUGCUGGCAAGGGGUUUAUUGAAGACAAGGACUCCCUCUUUGCAAAUGCUCCCCAGAUCCAGCAAGCCUUAGACAGCUCUGCAUUGUGGGGCUGAAGUGUUUCUUUGCAUGCAGGGAGCACAGUCUUCAGCGGGGUGAAGUGGAGGCUCUGUGAUUCAGGAGAGAGGCUAAGCUUGCUGGAGACCCCCGCCUCCCUGGGUCUGCAGUCGUGUACAGUUGGGCUUUGUGCAGAGUCACGAGGGCCACUGAGGGUGCAGGGAGCUGAGAGGCUGAGUUGUGUUCACAGCCUCAUUUUUUGCAAGUGGUUUUAGCAGAAAGUGCUGACUGAGCUAGUCUCCUUUUCCCCAGCGCCAGCUGGUGGGGAAGCCACCCCUCACCUGCCAGCUUACAUGUUCUAGGUAUCCAUCUUUCAGUAUCCUCCAAGGAUAGAUCGCUAUUGCAUCUGGCCCUGGGCCGGAGGACUCACAUCUGGGGUGGGUUGGCCUGUGUCUGCAGGUAAUGGUGACCUCUUGAGGCUCCUAGAAGGUGAGCACGGACGGCAUGCAAAGUUGUGAAUCCAGUGGCGACAGUGCGGAUGACCCUCUCAGUCGUGGCCUACGGAGAAGGGGACAGCCUCGUGUGGUGGUGAUCGGUGCUGGCUUGGCUGGCCUGGCUGCAGCUAGAGCCCUUCUGGAGCAGGGCUUCACGGAUGUCACUGUGCUUGAGGCUUCCAGCCACAUUGGGGGCCGUGUGCAGAGUGUGAGGCUUGGAGACACCACCUUUGAGCUGGGAGCCACCUGGAUCCAUGGAUCCCACGGGAAUCCUAUCUAUCAACUAGCAGAAGCCAAUGGCCUUUUGGAAGAGACAACAGAUGGGGAGCGCAGUGUGGGCCGCAUCAGCCUUUACUCCAAGAAUGGCGUGGCCUGCUACCUUACCAACCGUGGCUGCCGCAUCCCCAAGGACGUGGUUGAGGAAUUCAGCGAUUUAUACAACGAGGUCUAUAACAUGACCCAGGAGUUCUUCCGGCAUGGUAAACCAGUCAAUGCCGAGAGUCAGAACAGCGUCGGGGUGUUCACCCGGGAGAAGGUGCGGAAUCGCAUCAGGGAUGACCCUGACGACACAGAGGCCACCAAGCGCCUGAAGCUCGCCAUGAUCCAGCAGUACCUGAAGGUGGAGAGCUGUGAGAGCAGCUCCCACAGCAUAGAUGAGGUGUCCCUGAGCGCCUUUGGAGAAUGGACGGAGAUCCCAGGCGCCCAUCACAUCAUCCCCUCGGGCUUCAUGCGAGUUGUGGAGCUGCUGGCUGAGGGCAUUCCUCCACAUGUCAUCCAGUUGGGGAAGCCGGUCCGUUGCAUCCACUGGGACCAGGCCUCGGCUCACCCCCGGGGUCCUGAGAUCGAGCCCCGUGGUGAGGGUGAUCACAAUCACGACACUGGGGAGGGUGGCCAGAGUGGAGAGAAUCCGCAGCAGGGGAGGUGGGACGAGGAUGAGCCGUGGCCUGUAGUCGUGGAGUGCGAGGAUUGCGAGGUGAUCCCAGCGGACCACGUGAUUGUGACCGUUUCGCUGGGCGUGCUCAAGAGGCAGUACACCAGUUUCUUUAGGCCAUGCCUGCCCACGGAGAAGGUGGCCGCCAUCCACCGCCUGGGCAUUGGUACCACUGACAAGAUCUUCCUUGAAUUUGAGGAGCCCUUUUGGGGCCCCGAGUGCAACAGCCUGCAGUUCGUGUGGGAGGAUGAGGCAGAGAGCUGUACCCUCACCUACCCACCUGAGCUCUGGUACCGCAAGAUCUGUGGCUUCGAUGUCCUUUAUCCGCCAGAGCGCUAUGGCCAUGUGCUGAGUGGCUGGAUCUGUGGGGAGGAGGCUCUUGUCAUGGAGAGGUGCGAUGACGAGGCUGUAGCUGAGAUCUGCACAGAGAUGCUUCGACAGUUCACAGGGAACCCCAAUAUACCAAAACCUAGGCGAAUCCUGCGCUCAGCCUGGGGCAGCAACCCAUACUUCCGGGGUUCCUAUUCCUACACACAGGUGGGCUCAAGUGGGGCGGAUGUGGAGAAGCUAGCCAAGCCCCUGCCCUACACAGAGAGCUCCAAGACAGCGCCCAUGCAGGUGCUCUUCUCCGGGGAGGCCACACACCGCAAGUACUACUCCACCACCCACGGUGCUCUGCUCUCUGGCCAGCGCGAGGCCGCCCGGCUCAUCGAGAUGUACCGAGACCUCUUCCAGCAGGGGCCCUGAAAGGUGUCCUCACUGCCAAAUGUGUUCCUUGAAGAACCACUAACUCGUGACUGCUGGUCCUCGUCCCUUGCCCCCGUGCUCUUAAUUUCCUAAUUGUCUGUAGAAUGGAAUUUUACCUUCUGUAGUGGACACCGGGCUGACGUCAGACCUGGCCCGAGAGCUUUUCUUUUUCUCCAGGCUGGGUAAUGACCAGGUGGGGUUCUGCUUCCUGCUUUUUUCCUCUCUCAUGUUAUUGCAAGUGCCUUCAAUACUUUGCAUUUUGGGAUAAUAAAAGAAGUGACCCUUCCCACGC